GAAGCACUUUUGUCCCGUCUCUUUCAACUUUCCACGCUCAGUGAGCUCACAGCGACGCGAUCAUUCACACACACAAGUCGAGUCAGUGUCCUCCACUCCUUUCCUAUUCAUUUUGCUCGGCCGUCUUUUUUUAAAUAUUUAGCGUGUACGUUGCGUCUUGGUGCAGUCCGUUCCACUGUCUAAAGGAUUUAUACUCAACUAUCGAUUACCAAACCAUCCGACACCCGAUCCUUGAUUUGAAAAAUAAAUCCAAAAGGAUAUUAAGGAGCGCCCAUCUCCAAUCGCUGUUGUUGUUGGUUGUUGUUGUUGUUGUUUCUUUGGCGACAUUUGGAUUUGCUGAUUAGAAGAAGACAAAAGGCCAAAUCCGGUUAUCUUCAUCAAUCACUUUGUUGAAGAAGAAGAAGAAGAAAGAAAUCGACGCCGACAUGUUGGGACGACCCUCAUCCAACUGGUUCCUCCUGCCCGUGACGACGGUGGUCCUGGUCGGUUUCUUUUGUCUCUCCACCCUCCAAACAGUGGAGGGCGUUCAGUGCUACGUCUGCAGCUGGUCGCCGGCCGAUUCCAAUCGCGUGGAUGUCUGCACUCGCAAGAAUUUCAGCGAGUCGGUUCGGACGCAUAGCUGCGAGACGGGCUGCGAAACGGUGACCGUCUUCGAUAAAAAUGGUCGAUUAGAUUUCUUCUACCGCAACUGCGCUGCCAACACGUCCAGCAUCACGGGCACCUGCGUCAACGAAACCUCAAAAGCCAUCACAAAGGAAAUUUGCAACUGCGAUUCAAAUUAUUGCAACCAAAGCUCAGGAGGGCUGCAACAACAGCUGGGCGUCGUUCUCUCCGGCAUUUUGGCUUUGCUCAUGAUCCAAUUCUAAACACGGACAUGCUGGGAAAGCCUUUUUUUAAAAAUAACUCUCCGCCUACGACGCCUUGUUGUUUCAUUUUUCCUUUUGGGAUUUUAUGGGCCGGUUCGUCCCUUCUAUUGUCGGUUUGCCAUUUUACUUUUCGACAACAUCAAAUUAUUUAGACUUGAUUGAAUUUUGUACAUCUUAAA